UGGAAAAUGCAAGGUCUUCCCUGAAAGAGACAACGUCUGGAUGGGAGCAUAUGGUGUUCUAGAACUUAGAUAUACCUUUCAGCAUUGAUGGUGCCUUUCCAGAUGUGUAAGCUGCCCAUGCCACACGCACUCAUGCAACCCCAUACCAUCAGAGAUGCAGGUUUCUGAACUGAGCGCUGAUAACAACUUGGGUUGUCCUUGUCCUCUUUAGUCCGGAUGACAUGGCAUCCCAGUUUUCCAAAAAGAACUUCAAAUUUUGAUUCGUCUGACCACAGAACAGUUUUCCACUUUGCCACAGUCCAUUUUAAAUGAGCCUUGGCCCAGAGAAAACACCUGCGCUUCUGGAUCAUGUUUAGAUAUGGCUUCUUUUUUGACCUAUAGAGUUUUAGCCGGCAACGGCGAAUGGCACAGUGGAUUGUGUUCACCGACAAUGUUUUCUGGAAGUAUUCCUGAGCCCAUGUUGUAAUUUCCAUUACAGGAGCAUUCCUGUAUGUGAUGCAGUGCCGUCUAAGGGCCCGAAGAUUACGGGCAUCCAGUAUGGUUUUCCGGCCUUGACCCUUACGCACAGAGAUUGUUCCAGAUUCUCUGAAUCUUUGGAUGAUAUUAUGCACUGUAGAUGAUGAUAACUUCAAACUCUUUGCAAUUUUUCUCUGAGAAACUCCUUUCUGAUAUUGCUCCACUAUUUUUCGCCGCAGCAUUGGGGGAAUUGGUGAUCCUCUGCCCAUCUUGACUUAUGAGAGACACUGCCACUCUGAGAGGCUCUUUUUAUACCCAAUCAUGUUGCCAAUUGACCUAAUAAGUUGCAAAUUGGUUGCAAACUUUUCCGGCCUCUUAUUGCUACCUGUCCCAACUUUUUUGGAAUGUGUAGCUCUCAUGAAAUCCAAAAUGAGCCAAUAUUUGGCAUGACAUUUCAAAAUGUCUCACUUUCAACAUUUGAUAUGUUAUCUAUAUUCUAUUGUGAAUAAAAUAUAAGUUUAUGAGAUUUGUAAAUUAUUGCAUUCCUUUUUUAUUCACAAUUUGUACAGUGUCCCAACUUUUUUGGAAUCGGGUUUGUACCUCUAGUGAAAUGUUUUCAUUCUCUUUCACUUCAUGUCUGAACAUGUACAGGUACUGAUAUCUGAUAGUUUAUGAGAUUUUCUGUUUUUCCCGUAGUACCUGUAUAUACCAUUGGCCCUCAUCCAGGCAGAAACGAAGUUUAUCCUACACCACCAGCCGGUUAUGUACCACCUCAGGUCCCGAUGGUCAUGCCAGUCCCAGACAGACCCCUGGGCUGUCCUCCGGGUCUAGAGUACCUGACCCAGGUUGACCAGCUUCUAGUUCAUCAGAAAGUGGAACUAAUGGAAGUUCUCAUGGGAUGGGAGACCAAUAAUCAAUAUGUGGUGAAAAAUAGUUUAGGGCAGCAGGUGUUUUUUGCUGCUGAGGAGAGUGAUUUCUGUACUCGUAUGUUCUGUGGAUCGGUUCGCUCCUUCCUGCUCCAUAUCAAGGAUAACAUGGGACAGGAAGUGAUGACUUUAUCCCGUCCCCUUAACUGCAGUAGUUGUUGCUUCCCUUGCUGUCUACAAGAGCUGGAGGUUCAGAGCCCUCCGGGCAGCCCUAUUGGUUAUGUAAUGCAAAGUUGGCAUCCUUUCCUGCCAAAGUUCACUGUUCAGAAUGAGAGAAAAGAACCCGUUCUGAAGAUUGUGGGACCGUUCUGUGACUGCAAAUGUUGCUCUGAUGUUAUUUUUGAGGUGAUGUCAAUGGAUGAGUCCUCAGUGAUUGGUCGAAUUAGCAAACAGUGGACAGGAUUUGAGAGAGAAGCGUUUACUGAUGCAGACAACUUUAGCUUACAAUUUCCAAUGGAUUUGGAUGUGAAAAUAAAAGCAGUUCUAUUAGGAGCCUGCUUUCUUAUUGAUUUCAUGUAUUUUGAGCACACUCAAAACCAAGAGUAAAACCAUCCUGGAGCUUUGUUCCCCAUUUGAUUACAUUGUGUAUUUCUUUUGAAAUACAAAUGCUGUAUAGUUUUCUCUUUGAAAUUUUAACUCAAAAUUAUGUGGAUCAUAGUCAUAAUUUUCCCCAAUUACAAUACUAUAUAGUGUAAAAACAUCCGGUUAUCUCAUCCUCACUAACAAUUCUUCCAGUUUUCUUCACCCUCACCUUUUUUACAUAUUAUUUAUAUAUAAACAGUAGUAAAGUAUUUUUUUUUUUACAUUCUUUUCAGACACUUUUCUUCUCCACCUUUCACUUCACCUCCACCUUACAUUGCUCCUUUCGUAAAUUUGUCAAAUAAAGAAAGGUGUGUCACCAUAAGCCUGCUGUGAAUACAUGUCAGCCCUCUAGAACAUGUAAAUGUUUAAUCUAUGAAAUGUGGAUUUAAAUCUUGCAUUCUCAUUUAGGUAAUUCUUCAGCUGGGCUUUUUUGGUUUUUAAAACUACUAGUUCAUAGGGUUGGGUAUCGUUUGAAUUUUAGCCAUUCCAAUUUUUUUUUUUUUUUUUUGAUUCCCAGUUUUGAUUCCAGUACGUUAAAAACAUUUAUAUCAAACAUAUUUGUUCUGUAUCUUUUGGCAAAACAUUGUGUUGCAGCUGAUUUCCAUUAACAAAAAUCAACAUCCUACAAAAAUAUCAGAAGCCUCAAGAACACUUUAACAUUUUUCCAUGGUUUUAACAAAAAUACCUCAGCAAAACAUCUCGGUUACGUAUGUAACCCUCGUUCUCCGAAGGAGGGAACGGAGACGUACGUCGGAACUGACCGACAAAUUGGGGAUUGCUUUGGGAGACCAAUCUACUUCGAGUGUAAGAAAACGAGCCAAUGCAUAUUGGCAUGCGAUGAUUGCAACAGCUACUCUGUGCUGUGGCGUGAGUAUUUAAUGAGCAGCAGGUGUGUCGCAUAUUUGCUUUUCCGCUGAGGAGCCGAGCUAGUGACUUGGCCGUACAGCAGAGGUACAACGACUGUGGCGACGGGACGUAUGUCUCCGUUCCCUCCUUUAGGGAAUGAGGGUUACAUACGGGUUACAUACGUAACCGAGACGCUCCCUUUCAGUCGGUCACGUUCGACGUACGUCGGAACUGACCGACAAAUUGGGGAUAUCUACCAACACGCCACUGUCGCUGGCCCUUCCUGCGCUCUGCUUGAUAAUCCUGGACCGCCCCCAACAAUUAGGGUAGUACAACAUAUACAACAUAUGUAAGUCUCUGGGGUGGUUCCAGCCUAGUUCUAGGGGGGAAGAUCACCAGCAAAGACGACAGAGCGGGCUCUGUCAAGGGAAAGACACGGGCUAGCCGGAUUGAAUAGCCUUAUCGUGGAAGAAUGCGCAUAUGGGAUCGCCACAGGGAACACAACAUAUGGACACCCAGCCUAACACAGGUUCCACAAUGGAAACAAGUGUAGGCCUGGCGUCAGACGCUCUGCCAUGUCUGACUGCCGGGGGGUGACGGAGGAACUCACAGGAUAGCCAUUUCUAGGGAACUCUACCGGAGAAUAGACGCACGUAUCCGGCCCAGCGGGCGGGAGUGGCGUUGCAAGCCGACACUUAGAACGGGUCCUUCACGCUACUGGCCACUGGAGGCGAGUAAACGGGAAGAUACCGGGUCUAAGGCUAUAGAACCUAGCGAACGUGUUAG